AUGCGACUAUUGCUUUUUCUAGCGAUAACGCUCGCUGCAUUGGGCGUUGUGUCUUGCAGCGAUCACAUCGUCCAUGAGCGCCGCGACAUUCUUCCUGAAGCAUGGAGCAAGGUCGCAAGACUAGGAGGCCAGGAGGUCCUCCCGGUCCGGAUUGGACUGGCCCAGUCGAACCUAGACAAGGGACACGACUUGUUAAUGGAAAUAUCGGAUCCCGGAUCGCCGGCCUACGGAAAACAUCUAUCGCCGGAACAAGUCCAUGACCUCUUUGCGCCGGCUGGAGAGAGCGUGGAUCGCGUGCGUGCUUGGUUGGAAUCAGAGGGUAUAGAUAGAGAUCGUGUCACACAGUCCGUGAACAAGCAAUGGCUGCAAUUCGAUGCGUCUGUGCAGGAGAUGGAGCGGCUACUCCGGACGGAAUACUAUCUAUACUCGCAUGACUCUGGUCGGUCGCAUAUUGCCUGUCGAGAGUAUCAUAUCCCUCUAUCGUUGAAGUCGCACAUCGACUAUAUCACGCCCGGUGUCAAGAUCCAGGAGGUCAGCGCUGGAUCGCAUAAGCGCAGGCAGAAACGGGACGAUGUCGAUAUUUCCCCACAGCCAAUUCUUGGUUCGGAUGUUGACUUAGGGGAGUUGUUGGAAGACGUUCUUUCAUAUUGCGAUGUGGUAGUGUCGCCGGCCUGUAUCCAGCUCAUGUACAAUAUCACUCAAGGCACGACUGCAGUUCCGGGGAAUGAGCUUGGGAUCUUCGGGAGCUUGGGCGACGUUUAUACCCAGUCCGACUUGGACCUGUUCUUUUCCAAGCUUGCAGGCAACAUCCCCAACAACACCCACCCAAUCCACAACCUCAUCAACGGUGCCACAGCCCCAGCAUCGCCAGAGAAUGCAGGCCCAGAAUCCACCCUAGACCUCUCAGUCUCAUACCCCCUCAUCUGGCCGCAGAAUUCAAUCCUCUUCCAAACCGACGACCCCGUCUACCAGAACAACUACACCUUCAGGGGAACCCUCAACAACUUCCUCGACGCAAUCGACGGCUCCUACUGCGACGCAUCCGAAGAGGAUCUCGACCCGCCAUACCCAAACCCGGCCCCAGGCGGCUACAAAGGCGAAAAGCAAUGCGGCGUCUACAACCCCACAAACGUAAUCUCCGUCUCGUUCGGCGUCGCAGAAUCCUCCCUCCCCAUAAGAUAUAUCCGGCGACAAUGCAACGAGUGGAUGAAACUCGGUCUCCAGGGUGUUUCCGUCAUCAUUGCGUCCGGCGAUAGAGGCGUAUCUGUCGACAAUCCGGAUUGGUGUCUCGGCGAAAAUGGUACCGUCUUCCAGCCCGACUUCCCAGCCAUCUGUCCCUAUGUUACCGCCGUUGGUGCAACUACCCUACCCGCAGGCGGAGACCCGUAUAACCCCAACGAAGUCGGCGCUUCGUUCGGUUCGGGCGGCGGCUUCAGCAAUGUCUUCCCGCAGCCGUGGUACCAGCGCUGUGUGGUUGAGGAGUAUCUUGCCCGUGUGAACCUGAGCUACCCAUACUACGAGGGCGUGGAUAACAGCAGUUUCGCGCAGAAUGGGGGAAUCUACAACCGCAUUGGCCGCGCCUAUCCCGACGUGUCAGCUAUCGGCGAGAACAUUCUUGUCUUUUUGAGAGGAGGGCCGAUUAUAGGUGGAGGAACUUCCGCCAGUGCGCCGAUAUUCGCGGCAAUGCUUACCCGGAUUAACGAGGAGAGACUUGCGGCGGGGAAGCCGACUGUUGGGUUUGUCAACCCGCUGCUUUAUGCCCAUCCCGAGGUGUUUCGGGAUGUUACUGUGGGGAGUAAUCCGGCGUGUAAGUCGGAUGGCUUUCCGGCUGCUCCUGGGUGGGAUCCGGUUACUGGGCUUGGGACGCCGAAGUAUGAUAAGAUGCUGGAGCUGUUUAUGGGAGUGUAG